ACUGCGGUAUGUAUGCGGAAUGUCAUUGUCAUUCCAUGUAUUUUAUCAAUAAAUAUUUAGGAAAAUGGAUAAAAUCUUUAUAGUACAUUCCCUCGCGAUAAUAAUCAGCCUCAUUCCCUUUAGCAAUGGAUUUUACGUUCCGGGAGUAGCGCCAGUAGAAUUUAAAAAAGGCCAAAGAAUUGAAAUAAAAGCUGUUAAAAUGACCAGCAUUCACACCCAGUUACCCUAUGAAUAUUAUUCGCUGCCAUUGUGUUUGCCAAAGAAUGGCACCUUCGUAUAUAAAUCUGAAAACUUGGGCGAGGUAUUAAGAGGUGACCGUAUAGUAAACACACCAUAUGAAGUCCAUAUGGCAGAAACUAUCAAGUGCCGACUUUUGUGCCAUCAGAAGAAUAAUCCUAUAAAUUGGAGUGUAGAGGAAUCAGAAAAGGUUGCAAGCAGAAUUGAACAUGAAUAUUUCGUUCAUUUGUUAGUUGAUAAUUUACCAGUGGCUACUAAGGUACUGAACAGGGAUACAUCAGGGAGGAAUAUUGAACAGGGCUAUAGACUUGGUUUCAUGUACAAAGGAAAAGCAUAUAUUAACAAUCACUUGAAGUUGCUCUUAAAAUAUCACAAACACAGUCAGGAUUCUUAUAGAGUUGUGGGUUUUGAAGUAGAAACAGUAUCUGUUGACAAAGAUGAACAUACUUUUUUGGAUGAUUCUUGCCAAUUUCCUGCGGACCCAAAGCCCCAGCUGGUAAAUGAGGACACUGGUACCAAGCUAUACUUCACAUACUCUGUGGAAUGGGGGGAAUCUGACAUAAGCUGGGCGUCAAGAUGGGACAUAUAUUUGGGAAUGAAGGAUGUACAAAUACAUUGGUUUUCAAUUGUUAACUCUAUUGUUGUCUUGUUCUUCUUAUCAGGCAUAUUAACAAUGAUUAUGGUAAGGACACUAAGAAGAGAUAUUGCCCGCUAUAAUUCCGAUGAAAGCAUUGAUGACAUGAUGGAGGAGACCGGCUGGAAGUUAGUGCAUGGUGAUGUCUUCCGGCCUCCGCCCAAGAGGAUGUUGUUUGCAGCUGUUAUUGGCAGUGGCAUUCAAGUAUUUUUAAUGGCACUCAUUACUAUCUUUGUGGCCAUGCUGGGUAUGCUUUCACCUGCCAGCAGAGGUGCACUGAUGACCGCUGCUAUAUUCCUGUAUGUGUUCAUGGGCCUGAUAGCUGGAUACUACUCUGCCCGCCUCUACAGCACAAUGAAAGGCAAACAAUGGAAACAAGCUGCUUUUCUGACAGCCACACUGUACCCUGCCAUUGUCUUCGGCACCUGUUUCUUUUUAAACUUCUUUAUAAUGGGCAAACACUCCAGUGGUGCUGUACCAUUUUCUACAAUGAUGGCAUUGUUGUGUCUCUGGUUCUGUAUAUCACUUCCAUUGGUCUAUUUAGGGUAUUAUUUUGGAUGUCAUCAGAAUCAAGCAUUUCAACAUCCUGUAAGGACCAAUUUCAUUCCAAGAAAGGUGCCAGAACAAGUCUGGUAUAUGAAUGUUUUUGUGUGUAUACUGAUGGCUGGCAUACUUCCAUUUGGGGCUGUGUUUAUAGAAUUGUUCUUCAUCUUCAAUGCAUUAUGGGAGAAUCAAUUUUAUUACCUGUUUGGAUUUUUGUUCCUAGUUUUUUGCAUAUUGGUGGUGUCCGUUUCACAAAUCUCAAUUGUUAUGGUGUACUUCCAGUUAUGCGGCGAGGAUUAUCACUGGUGGUGGAAAAGUUUUAUUGUAUCUGGGGGCUCUGCAGUCUACAUCUUGAUUUAUUCAAUAUUUUACUUCUUCACUAAAUUGGAGAUCACCGAGUUUAUACCUACACUGCUUUAUAUUGGCUACACAGGUCUAAUGGUAUUGACUUUUUGGCUUUUGACGGGCACUAUUGGAUUUUUCGCCGCUUAUACAUUUAUUAGGAAAAUUUACGCGGCAGUAAAGAUUGACUAGAUAUAAGAAUUUUAAUUUAUUAUUUUGUGGUAAUUAAUUUUAUGUACAAUUUUUAUUUGUAUUGUAAUUUAUAAAUUAAUUUAAUCGUUGUGUUGAUCUGAUUGACAAAGAACAAGUGUUUUGAAUGAGUUAAGUUCUGU